UGAUUAGUGGGUUUUGUUCUUUAUUAUCUGCAAAGUGUUGAAGAUAUCGGUGGAUUGUGAUGGAAGAGUGUUUUUAGGUUUUGCGCACUAAGUGCUCGAUGAAUUGUCUAAGUCAGGUGUUCCUUUUCCUAGAACCACUUUUCUUUUUUGUUUUGUUUCGAAACAAGAAACUUUUAUGUCUUGUCCCUGUUGUUUGUUCUCUAACUAUUUGGAUUUUUCUCUGUCUCUUUAAUCUUUUCCUCUGCGUGUGUUUGUUUUUUCGUCCUUUGAAAUUCAUCAAGAGAUGCGUUUUUUGUGGCGGUAGAGAGUCUUCUUUUUGAUCAACUGUUAUCUGAUUCUUCUUUACACAGUUACUUGUAUAAGUACCUAAACGAUCACAACGAGGUCAAGAUCAACAGCAUUCUGAUUUCAGGAGAGCUCAAUCAUUUGUGAGGAUGGACCCGCAACAUACCGGUGCUUUGUUGAAGCAUUUGGAGAAGCAGAGUGAGUUACUCAAAGAAGCUCAUAAGACCAUGUCAGAAGAACUCCAAAUACUCGAGGUUGAACAUGAGAUGAUGAUGCGUAAACUCUAUGAGCUAAUGGCCACUCAUCGUUUAAAUAACAAGAAAAUGGAGGAAACUCAAACUCAAAAUGUGUUGGAGGGAAGAGAAACAGUUGAAGCUUCUCUAUCAACUUUAACUAUUGCUGAUGAAGAACAUUGAAGAGAAAACUCUCUAUAUUUCUCCUUGUCAGGAUAGACCGGGCCGGUUUGGGAUGGGCUUGUAAGAGCUAAAAGAUUGGACCUUAGGUUUGGAAGAGAGGUUGUUUUCAGACACUGAAUUCUGAAUAUCGGAUCUAUCUUUACAAAGAAUCUGUGACCUAUAUACAUGUAUAAAUAUGCAAUUUUGUAUCGAUAAGCGAUAAAAUAAUGUCAUAAAGUAAACAUCAAUUGCCUGCAAAAAGUAUGUAGAUCCUCCAA